AUGCAGACCCUGACCCUACUCUUCGCCCUGUUGGCGGUCGCCUCGGCGCAGUAUUACUACACUUACCCGUAUUAUUACUACUACCCCACCUAUUACAUGCCCGUGAGCACCGCCGGAGGAUCGACCAACACCCAGCAGAACCAACAACAAUCCCAGCAGUACCAGCCGCAGCAGCAGCAACAGCAGCAGUACAGCCAGAAUUCGGGCGUCGGCACCGGGGUCCAGUAUGAUGCCACCAACCAGAAUGGUCAGCAACAGUACGGCCAACAACAGCAGUACGGUCAGCAGUACGGCCAGCAGUACGGCCAGCAGCAGCAAAACGGGCAGACCAACAUGGGAAAUGGCGUGCAGUAUGAUGCCACUAACCAGCAGCAGUACGGUACCAGCACCCAGUUUCCCCAGUACGACGACAGCCAAAUGACGAACGCACAGCAGCAGCAACAGCAGCAGCAGUACGAUUACGCCAAUGGACAGUCCACGACGCCCUCGCCAUACUACAAUAACCAACAACAACAGCAACAAGGGCAGCAACAGCAAUACGGCCAACAACAACAACAACCUAACCAACUUCAAAACGGCCAGCAAAUGCAAACAAAUACCCGACAAUACGACUCAAGCAACAACGGUCAGCAGCCGCAGUACAACACGCAACAGGGACAGACAUCAAACGGCGCCUCCACGAACCAGGUGGCCUACGUGCCGGUGUCGUACUACUACCCCUAUUCCUACUAUUUGUACGGAAGAAAG